CAUAGACAAUUCCAGCUAACUGUCACUGUAUCAAGUGCCUUGUCCGUGGCUCCAUUGUGUUUUCGCGUACUCUAAGCAAGAAGGAAACGAUCUGCAAACGCUGCGCUGUUCUGUGCAUUAUUGCGAACAUUUGCUGGUAAACCUCCCUGCCCGCCAUCAAGCAAGCUUAACACUGUAAGCCCAACAACGACAGCAGCAUCAACAACAACAAUCAUGUCGUCGCGCAAAACUGCCGGACGCCGCGGCACGACGAAGAAGCGGGCCCAGCGCGCCACCUCGAACGUGUUCGCCAUGUUCGACCAGGCCCAGAUUGCCGAGUUUAAGGAGGCGUUCAACAUGAUCGACCAGAACCGGGACGGCUUCAUCGAGAAGGACGACCUGCACGAUAUGCUCGCGUCGCUCGGCAAGAACCCGACCGAGGAGUACCUCGAGGGCAUGAUGAACGAGGCGCCCGGUCCGAUCAACUUCACCAUGUUCCUGACGCUGUUCGGCGAGCGGCUGCAGGGCACCGACCCGGAGGAGGUGAUCAAGAACGCGUUCGGCUGCUUCGACGAGGAGAACACGGGCGUGAUCAACGAGGACCGGCUGCGCGAGCUGUUGACGACGAUGGGCGACCGGUUCACCGACGAGGACGUGGACGAGAUGUUCCGCGAGGCGCCGAUCAAGAACAGCCUGUUCGACUACAUCGAGUUCACCCGCAUCCUGAAGCACGGCGCCAAGGAUAAGGAUGAGCAGUGAGAGCGACAGACUAACCAUGCGGUUGUUGUUUUUUUUCACCAGUUUUCACCCAAGCUUUCUUUUCUCACCUUUUUCCCCCUUCCCGUUCUGCAUUUAGGGAGAGCGCGAGUACGCAAGAAGACUCAUGAACAGACAGACAAAAGUAAAAGAACCAUCCCCAACUAACACAUUUAUUCACGUUACGCAAGUAAUUACACCCCAUCCCCUCUUCAGUAUUGCUAACCCUCGAAACACGUGUUUGCCGGUCGCAAACGAAGCUGUCCCGUUAUCGACUAAUUCGAUCAUAAAUGUAAUUGGCCUGCGGUGCGAACGUACUACUAAUCCCUACUAUACGAGCGAGGCACACAAAACCACCAGCCGACUAGCAACACACACGGAGUACACGGUACAUUGAGGAAUGUUAACAGAUGUUUUGUCGAGCGUUCGUUUAGAAUGUAGACCUGUAUUUUGUCGAAAAUGAAACAUUACCAACUUUGAUGCGGGGCAA